GUUAGCCUUGCAUGUUUUAAAUAUGCUUGGCCGAAUACUUGAAACCGCUGGUUAUCCCUUAACAAAUUUAAAGGUUUUUUACAAGCGCUGGUUAUCUCUUUGUUAACUUGGGGAAAUCUGUUAUGUACUUGUUGUUUUAGCAGUAUGUUGUACACUAAGGCGACAGCCCUUGCCGAUCAAGGACUUGUUCAUUCAAUCCGGUACGUACGACCGCCUGGCAUGGGAUUGGGAAUUUUUGUAUAUUUUAGUCAUAUUAAAAUGAUCCAUAGACCACUUCGAUAUUGAUAUUCUCAUUUAUAGAUUUUUCGUUGAUAAUUUUACCUACUGAAACCACUUCCAUAAGAUAACGCGGGUGUCUAUAAACCUAUCGAUUAUUUCCGCAAGAAAAGAUUGAACAUCGAAUUUCGUGAAACAACUUGGUAUGCAUUCUAUAUUCACAGCAAUCGGGUCUAUGAACCGGAACAAUAUUGCUCACCAAAAAAAAUUGCCAAGGAUCUAUAUCCUCACAUGCGAAUAUCUGGCUACAGAAGAAAUGGCUGCCAUCUUUGCUUUGUCUUGUAAUGUCUUUACAGUAAUGAUUCUAACUUCUAUUUUCUUUCUUUCUACACCGAAUACCUAAAGCAGCAAAUCAACAGAAAGCUUAUCAAUACACCAAAGAAUAUCUUUCCCUUCUCCGAAGACUUCUGUUAUCGAAUAGUGUUGCAUUUAUUUAUAUUUUGUAUACUUUCUAAAUCUUAUCAAUGAAACAACAAUUGGACAUUGAACAUUGUAGAUAUUUCGUAAAUCCAAUCGCUGUAUACCCCUCAAUAGCACUGGCACAUAAAUAAAGAUUAAUAACUUUAAUCAAAAUCACUAGGAACAUGGGAAAUUUAUUCAAGAUUCAUUGGCCUUUUAUUCGCAAGGCAGGUGACAUCAUAGAUAGGCACAGACAUUGUAAAAAUGCAAAACAUCGGAUCUUUGAGAGGGAAAACUCUAUUCAUAACCGGGGCAUCUAGAGGCAUUGGUAAGGCAAUUGCUUUGAAGGCAGCCCGUGAUGGAGCCAAUGUUGUAGUUGCGGCCAAAACAAGUGAUCCACAUCCCAAAUUGCCUGGAACCAUUUACACCGCGGCAGAAGAAAUUGAAAGAGCAGGAGGCAAAGCCUUGGCUUGCAUAGUCGAUGUUCGUGAUGAGAAACAAGUCAGAGAGGCGGUUAAAGCUGCUGUUGACAAAUUUGGAGGCAUUGAUAUUGUGAUUAAUAAUGCCAGUGCUAUUUCACUGACCUCUACCAUGGAGACAGAUAUGAAACGUUAUGACCUCAUGCAUAACAUCAAUACCAGAGGAACAUUCCUAGUCUCCAAGGAAUGCCUUCCCUACUUGUUGAAAAGUAAACAUGCUCACAUUUUGAAUAUAUCCCCUCCCUUGAGUAUGAAACCAAUUUGGUUUGGUGGUCAUGUAGCCUACACCAUGGCUAAAUAUGGCAUGUCUAUGUGCGUGCUGGGCAUGGCUGAGGAGUUCAAGGAUCGCCAUAUAGCUGUGAAUGCUUUGUGGCCUCACACCACAAUUCAUACGGCCGCUAUUGAAAUGUUAAAUGGUCCAGAAAGUGGAAAGUAUGCUCGUAAAGUUGACAUUAUGGCUGAUGCGGCUUAUGCCAUCAUAUCCCAAGCUCCCUCAAAAUCUCCCACCGGUCAUUUUCUUAUCGAUGAGAAAGUUUUGCGUAAAGCUGGCGUCACAGAUUUCAAACAGUAUGCUGUGGAUCCAUCCAAUGCCGAUAAUUUACAUUUGGAUUUCUUUUUGGAAGAUGAAUUCGAUGAUGUCUCAACGAAAUCAAAAAUGUGAAUAACAGGAAGAUUGAAAGGAAAUUUGUAGUUUUCCCACAAAA